UUUCUUUUUUCAAUUAGAUUUCCGCGAACGAGGCUGGACUACUUGAAAGCAAAUUUAUCAAGGGCGGGUCAAGAAAGUAGAUGAAAUUUUCAAGGAAAAAUAAUGUAAUUAUGCGGUGUUUGCAGCCGCCUAUUUAUAAGACAGUGACCUAGGAUUACUAGCAUCAAGUUGUUCAUUCUGCAUCCUUUAAAAUUUUGCUGACAUUGAGUGGCAUCUGAUUGUGUCAAGGAGCCACUGAACUCCUUAAUCAACCAUGGGCUGCUGCUCAUCAACAGAAAAGCGUUAUAUCCAAUACAAGUACUGUCCAUUAACCAAGCCUCAGAAAGCCAUUAAACAGCAUUACAAUGUUGUUGUCAUUGGAUCAGGAUAUGGUGGAGCUGUUGCUGCUUGCCGUGCAGCUAGGGCAGGCCAAUCAGUAUGCGUGCUUGAAAAAGGAAUGGAGUGGCUUCCUGGUGACUUUCCAGAGGCAAUGGAAGAUAGUUUUCGAGCAACAUAUGUAGAUGGAGAGCUAGCCCAGAAAACCUUUGGGCAUCCAAGCAAUCUGUUCCAAUUUAAAGCGUGCAAAAACCUAACUGUGAUGACAGGCUGUGGAGUUGGAGGGUCCUCUCUAAUUGACGAGGGGGUUGCACUCGAUUGUAAAGCAGCUGUCUUUUACGACCCGGUUUGGCCAGAUGCAUUCAGAGAAGACUUAGACAAUUUCAAAAAGUAUGACCGGGCGUAUUCUGAGCAGAUGCUGAGGCCUAGACCUUACCCAGACGAUUAUCCGGUUAUGAAAAGGAUAAACCAGUUGCGCGAGAUUGGAACUAGACUCGAGGUUGUCGAUAUUGAAGACAUGAACAAAUCGUUUUUUAGGACGCCAAUGUUUAUCAAUUUUGAAGAUGCUCCUUCAAACCACGUGGGUAUGCCACAACCUGCUUGCAACGGAUGCGGAAAUUGCCUGUCUGGUUGCAAUACCGGAGCCAAAAAUAACGUGGCUAUGAAUUAUUUGCCAGAUGCAGUGCAGCGUGGCGCAGAAAUCUUUACUCAGAUCGAAGUUACAGCUGUCUUGAAAGAUUACGAGUCUUACCAAUGGCAAAUAUUCUACAGAAGUUUAGAUGGGAGUGGUGCAAAAGAAGAGAGGUCCAUCAGAGCCAAUAUAGUCAUUAUCAGUGCAGGAUCUCUCGGAUCGACCAAAAUUUUGUUGGAAUCUUCACUACGUGGAUUGGAGGUUUCGAGUGAAGUUGGCAAAAACUUCUAUACAAACGGAGGGAUUUUCGGUGUCAGUUAUAAUGGGAAAGAGGCUUCACAUGCAGUUGGAUUGCACACUGGUAUGUUCAAAGGAAAACCCAAGGCCAAGUACGGGCCUGCUCCUGGUCCAACAGCGACUGCUUUGCUUGAUCUUCGAAAGAAGCGCGAUGGCUUUGUGAUGCAUGACGUAACAGUUCCAAGAUCCUUUGCUGCUCCGUACGUCGUUGCAUCUGCAAUUUCUUCAGGCCAAAUAAAUCCACCAAAUUUUCCCAGUGGGCCACAGUGGAAUGGCCUACUACAGAGACUAGGACAAGCAGCAUUGGCCAAUACCUUAGGUUUGUACUGCAUGACGAACAGUGACUCACCGGGAGAACUCUUCAUAGACGAAAACACGAAACAAGUUUCUAUAGACUGGGACCCAAAUAAGCACAAAAAGUACUAUCACACAGUAGAAAAAGCAUUGAGACAGGCAGUGGAAAUUUUAGGAGGCCAUUGUUCGGUAGAUCCACUAUGGUCCAGCCAGUUUGGGCCCGGACAUUUGAGCAGGCAUCCGAUAGGUGGUUGCUGUAUGGGAAACACUGGACUAAACGGAGUCGUGAACGACAAAGGACAGGUUUUCAUUGGCGAUUCGGAUGAUACUUACGAUGGACUGUAUAUAGUUGACGGGUCGAUUAUCCCUUGCGUUCUUGGUGUGAACCCAGCAUUUACAAUCACUUGUAUUGCCGAACGCUGCAUGCGAUUACUUGCUCAAGAUGAAAGCUGGACAACAGAUUAUACCCUUCAACCGCAAGGGCAGCGAAGACCUGAUCGCACAGACACAUCCGUUUAACACCAUAUCCAUCAGCAGAUGACGUCGAAGUUUGAUAAGGAGCCUGAAUGAAGGUAGAGAAAUACGCACAUCAAUCACUAAAUAUGUACUCUAUUCAAUACAUUUUGUUGCUUUACAUAGAAAUAUUUUCAUAGUAUAUAACAAUUCAUUAGAAAAGGUAAUCUGUAAGCUGGUAAUGUUAAAAAGAAAAGCUAAUUAUGAAGAUAAUAAACUUGUCGCAGGGUUAUGGUUAUGAAUGCUUUACAAUUUUCCAGGCAUCCACAUGGUACUGGACUUUGCUUUAAUUUAAAUUGAGUAAUAUUAAGUCAUAUGCUCCUUUUGACAAACCCUACGUCCGUGUCGAAGAUCAGGUUUUCCUAUUGAUACAGACCUCUUCUAUGCCUCUGUAUUGUUGCUAGCAUUUAAUGUAGCUAAGGUCGAUGUCCUUGUUUACCUUUCAGACUAGCUUUAGACUUAGCAGUUCUGUUCAUGGUUGAUAAGACGUGAUGUAGGUUGAUAAAUAGUCCAUUGUGUAUUAUUCGUUGUUUUAUAGACCUGAGUGUACCUGGGUAAUGCGUGGGUUUAGAAGCCAGAUAUAUUUUUAGGAUUUCUUUGAAGUGUUUUUUUCAAAGACCAUAUGGUUAAUCUUUAAGGCAUAUAUGCCCGUGGGAUAUGAAAUUUGGAUGAAUCUACUGCAUCCAACCCACGUCUACUGAGAAGAGACAUAUUGUCAAUAAGAGAUUGAAUGUACAAGAUCUGCAAUUAUAAAGCAUGCAAAAUUUGAUGCUCUGGUGUCCUGUUAACGAAAAGCUUUUAAUUUUCAAGGUGCAAAUUGUUUUUGCAUUUUAUUAAAGUUAUACUAAAAUUCUGAAUUUACAUUUAUAAUUCAUGCCAGAAAAGUACAAAUAAUUUAACAUGCAUGUGGAUACCACUGUCUAUAUUGUAUAUUUUGUCAGGUACACCGUCUCAUGCCAUCGGUCAAAACCUGUCAAUCUGUCCCUUACCUCUUGACUACUUUCAUUUCCUGGAAAUUCAUUAAGUAAAACAACUAAAUCAGAAACAUAAAUCAUUUUCACUACUACUAAGGCCCUGAAAACUACCAAAUUAUCUUUGUGAUGACAUAUAACAUUCAAUAAUUAGAGCGUCAGAUUGAAUUUUUUCUUGUCUUAUGUAGUAAUUUAUGCUACUUUGGUAUUAUUGCCUUAUAUAUUAUAAGCAUUUUACUUUGAAAUUGUGUUUUGAAUUGCUUGAAGUACAAUAAAUGUAUUCUUUCGAUAAAUAGGUAUCAUUGAAUUAUUACCAAUAUUUUAUGAAACGUUGUACAAUUUGUUUUUUGUAUUCAAUAUUAAAUCUUGUAGGAAAAGUGUUUUUUUGCUA